GGUGGCCUGAGCAACUUACUGUACACGACAGGGCGCCGGCCCGCACAGUCGGGCUCAUUUGGCGUUGUAUCAUUGCACACAAAGGCAGGAGGAGUCUGGACAUGGGCGCAGAACAGCAUGACGCCAACACCAUUGGCGUGGAGGAUGCGUACGCGCAGCUCAAUCUUGAGGUCGGCGCGAGCGAAACGGACGUCAAAUCAGCCUACCGCAAAUUGUCACUGAAGCUCCAUCCAGACAAGCGAAGGGAUGUAGACUCUGUGCAAGCUUCGGCAGAAUUUCAUCGCCUUCAGCUGGCAUAUGAGCUCCUGUGUGAUCCUUCGAAGCGCCAGGCGGCGGAAAAGCAAGCGGCACAAGACGCGGCUGCUCGAGCGCGGAGAGGAACCUAUGAUGGCAAGCGCAAAGCCGCGGCUGAUGACCUGGACAGGCGAGAGGACGAAGAUCGUAGGCGCCGAAAAGCUCAAGCACAAGCCGAAGUGGAUCUUGCUCGCAAGUUGCAACAGAUCCAAGAGGAGAACAAGCGGCUGAAGGAAGAAGCGCAGCGCAAACGUGAUGAAGCAUUGCGUGAUCCUCCCGCACAGCUAGCCGCAGUGCCUCCGCCGACUACCCAGGUCCAGGAGAAGAGCGGUGAUGAGGUGACGACAGAUUACGGAAACAGUGCUUUCUCGCAGCCGCCAAUAGGACCAUUAGAUACCACUGUGGUUGUCAAGUUCCCAACAGACCAAUCGUUCAACUUGACCGGCUUAUCGGAUCCUAUGCAACUUGUGUCCGCAGAUUCCCUGGGAAAGAGCGAUUUCAAAAAUAUGACACCGUUGGGACAAGCACUGUCAGCCUCAUUUGGACCACUGGAAGCACUAGCCAUCCAUCCACCAAAACUGCGCAAGAAGACCGGCAAGCUUGCGUCAGAAAUGUCCGCUGCUGCUAUGUUUACCACCAUCGACGCAGCUUAUGCGGCUGUCUCCGCGGGCCAGCAACUGAACGCUCGCGGCCUCUUGGCAGACUGCUGGAUUGGAUGGGCUUCGGCGACAAGCAAGGGAAACCGUAGUUCAAACAGCGGUGGCGCGGACGAGAACGGCGACAGAUUUCCGAAUGCCGCUAACGAGCCCGCUCGAAUCCGAUGGAUGCGCGAGAAGGGCAUACUGCCGAAUUUGGCCGGCGUUCCAUUAUCAAGUCCGCUAACGAAUGGCGGGAGCGGACAGGCACCAGCAUCUGAAGUGUCUGCGGCAGCAACAAAAGCCAGUAGACCGACGGCUAGCUUUUCAUUCUCACCAUUUUCCAUAUCAGAUGCGUCAAACACUGCUGGCGCAACAGCUAGUAAAUUAGGCGAUGGCUAUGAGAGCAUCACUCUCAUGCGGCUGCGCGAAGCAGAAAGGCGCAGACUGGAAACAGAAAUCCUGGCAAGAGAGCAAGCAGAAUAGAUUAUACCGUACUGUAUUUUUGCCAUUACAUUCCCCCUGUAUCUUACGUGCAGACAUGAUGCCUU